CCGACACUUGAGCAUAAUUUCAAGGGUCACAAGGAUGCCGUAACAAGUGUGGACUUCAGCAGCAAUAUGAAACAGCUCGCCACCAGCUCCACAGACGGCAUCGUGAUGAUCUGGAACUUAAAACCUCAGAGGCGUGCUUAUCGUUUUGAUGGGCAUGAAGACUCCAUCACCUGUGUCCAGUUUUCUCCCUCAGGACACCUGGUGGCCUCUUCCUCCAAAGACAGGACUGUACGCCUUUGGGUGCCCAACAUGCAAGCUCAGUCAACAGUGUUCAAGGCUCACACCGCCACCGUGCGUUGUGUGGACUUCUCUGGAGACGGUCAUACUAUGGUCACAGCGUCGGAUGACAAGACGGUCAAAUUGUGGGCCCUCCCCCGACAAAAGUUCCUGUUCUCCCUCAAUCAGCACAUCAACUGGGUCCGCUGUGCCAGGUUUUCUCCAGACGGCCGCUUGAUUAUUUCCUCGAGUGAUGACAAAACCAUCAAGCUGUGGGACAAGAACAGCAGGGAAUGUGUUCACUCUUUCUACGAACAUGCAGGUUACGCAAACCAAGUAGAAUUUCAUCCAAGUGGAACUUGCAUCGCUGCGGCUAGUACAGACAAUUCAGUCAAGGUGUGGGACAUUCGAUCCCUUAAGAUGUUGCAACAUUACCAAGUCCACAGUGGUUUUGUGAACAGUUUGUCUUUCCAUCCAUCUGGUCAUUACCUCUUGACUGGGUCCAACGAUUCCACAACGAAGAUACUGGAUCUUGUGGAGGGAAAACUGUUGUUCACACUGCAUGGACACCAGGGUGCAGUAAAUUGUGUGGCCUUUUCCAGAACAGGAGAAUAUUUUGCCUCAGGAGGUUCUGAUGAUCAGGUGAUGGUGUGGAAGAGCAAUUUUGACAACAGCAGUGAGACACUCAAGAAUCAGCAGUCCACCAACCAGACCUUUAAAGCACCGCAACCUAUCCGAACAGCUGCCAAAACAGGUCGUGGUCACGGGGAAACUAUGCAUAACAACACCCACAGGAUUACAAUCACCAACAUCCCAGGAAGCACAAGCAGCAGUUCCACCUCCACCAGCGCAAAGGUCCAUGGCCAGCCAUGUAAACCAUCACACGAAGUAACCAAGCCCCUGGAGAGACCUCCAACCCCCGGUUUAACCAGCGCGCUUGAAAACAUUAUAGGUCAAUUGGAUAUUCUCACAAAGACUGUGUCCAUGUUGGAACAUCGGCUGUCGCUGACUGAAGAAAAGCUGAAGGAAUGUUUACAGACCCAGGUGGAUUCCCAAGCGUUUCUAGACGAAGCAAGCUGGACGCCGGAUGCUCAAUACUGA